AUUUUAAUCUUCUUCAAAAGAAAUUAACAUGUUACACAAUUUUCUGUUCUACUAAUUAUUUAUUUAUCUAAUCCUUCCAUUAUUCACAAGUCAACACCUUUUCUAACCAUGGGAUUAGGGAAAAGACUAUUGUCUAACUUCAAAUAAAAUUUGCAAUUUCCUACAUAUUAUAUUACAGUUACCCAUUUUUAUUUUGUAUGAUUUUAAGGCCCUUUUAUCAAUUAAAAGGCCUAGUUAGAUUCUGUAGUAGUUUUGCUCCACGUGCCGGAAUUAAUGAGUUCUAUUAAGGUUGUGAUAGUUUUGGGCUUCGGAGUUCGGAUUGCACUCGUAAAAAUCGCGUAUGGGUAUUUGACAUGAGCUAAGAAACCGACAUGGUUCCACAUCAACAUCAGCUGCAACCAGUGUUUUAAAACCCGAUCUGGAUCCGCAGUUGAACCAAUAUACUUGGUGACCCAGAAAAAAUCCGGUUUGGAUUUUAUGAAAAAUCUAAUAUCGAAAACCCUGCAAAACCCCGCGAAAACCCAGUAUCAAACGACCGGUCGAACCAAUAAAUAACUUUUACUUCAUUUUUAAGUUUUCAAUUAAGUUUUUAGAUUAUGUUUUAUAUUAUAAGUUUCCAAUAGGUGCUGAUAAAAAAAAGUUAGGUUUUUUUUUCAGUUUUAUAUUUGUGAUUUUUAGAUUUUGAUGAAGAUUUCAGUUUCUCUAUGUCACCUGAAGAAAAUAAAGUGAACGAUGAUAGAGAGAACCAAAAUUAGUUGAUGUGAUUUGGUGUUAGUUUAUUUCCGCUAUUGACAUUUUAUUAUAAUGAUCUUUUAUUUUUGGUUUAUUUUGUAUUUGAAAUUUAAUUUAUUAUUCAAUUAGACAUUUAAAUAUUUAUAAAUUUUAUGUCUUGAUUUUUUUAGAUGUCGUAAAUCUUAUUUUGUUGGAGAAAAUUUUAAAUAAUCUAAACUACUUUUUGAUAUUUUGUAUAUCAAAUGAAAUUAAAAAUAUUAAAACUAAAGUUAAGUAUUUUCUAAAAAAAUUUAAACAUAAAAUAUAUACAUAUCUAAACUAUUAAUUUAUGUUUUAAAAAAUAUUUAAAAAAUAUUAAACUUUAGUUUUUAUAUUUUUAUUUACAUAGCUAAUAUAUUAUUAUAUAAUAAAAUUAAUUUAUUUAUUAACCUGUGGUUUAUCUGUAAUCCGGUAAGUCGUCCGGUUUAGUGUCCGGAUCGGGUUUAAAAACAUUGGGUGCAAGGGAAAAGUUACAACUAAACGAUGCCGUAACUAACAUCAUACAAAUAUAUAAGUUGUUGAUAACAAAAAGGUUUGUUCAAUGAUCUUUGCUAUUCAACUAUAUUGAACCAAACUUAAUAAAAUGAUUUUUUGUAAACGACUUAAAAAGUGUUAAAAGAAUCACUAGUUCACUAUGCAUUUUCAUACGAUUUAUUAUUGAAAACUUGGCUAAGUUAGUUCUGUUGUAUACAUGACAAAAUAUAUAUUCUGUUUUAAGUUAAAGAAAAUGAAAAUAUUUAGGUGUAGAUUUCAGAAUUGAUAUGAAAGCAGCAAUUUCAUGGAUAUUUCUAUAUUUUUAUGUGUGGUUUGUUAAUUUCUCAACAUAUAUUAGAUAUAUACUUAAAACAAAACUCACAGUGCAAUGAUUCUUAGGUACAAGAGAAGAAUCAUAGACUUAGAGAAUACAGAUUGGUAAAAAUUUCAUUAGAAGUAUUUUAAACAAAUGUUUUAUACUUCAAAGAUGAUUUUGUUAAAUAAUUAACUUUAAUUUUGAAAAGAAAAUAAAUCAUUAAAUAACAUACAAGUGAUAUUUGAAUUCUUGUAUGUUUCACUAAAUUUCUUUUUCGAAAACUCUUUUUACCCUCUUUCUUUUUAUUAUUAUCUUAUUUUUAUCAUACAAAAUCAAAUUAAGUGAGUGACUGAUUACAAAGUAAAUAAUUGAGAUUUGCUAAUCUCUAUAUUCCUCGUAAUUUAGUAAUCACUAAGCUAAUUUAAUCAUCAAUAAUCACAAAAAUGAUGAUGAAUGUAUUGUCCCUCAAAAUUAAUAUCAAUUAAAUUGAUUUUUUUUGUGAAACUAUUAAAACAUGGACCUCAUUACAAUCCUCUCUCUUCUUCAUAUACAAAGAAACUAAUAAAGAAAUAGUUUCCUCCUCUAAAUUUGAUAAGCAACGUUUGUUGUCUGUAUUCAAUUUCUUUUUCCAGCUCAAUACAUUAAAGAAAAUAUCAUUUUCAUUCAUUUUGUUAAUUAAGUAGUCAUCAAGUAAAGCCGAUUUCUCUGUAUUUUCCUCGUAUUUAGUGAUCACAACAACUUCUAGAUCCAAACAUCUCUUUUUUACCUAGAAAGAAAGAUAGUCGUCGGACCCAUACUAAUCAAAGUCUACAACUUUUGUCUGAUAUAGUUAAUAAUCAAUUCGAAAACAACUUGUUAUGUUAACAAAAGACUUCCACAUUUCCAUAUAAAUAGACUCCUCACUCAUGAACCUCUAGAUUUAAAGUUAAUCUCCUCCUAUCGCGUUUAAUCUAGUCUCAACAAAAUGGUUAUCGAGCUUAUGGCAGGGGCUGCUCUUGGACUUGCUCUCCAAGUCGUCCACGAAGCCAUUAAAAAAGCAAUAGAGAGAUCUUUAAGCACAAGAUAUAUCUUGUACCGUCUUGAGGAUACAAUCUCGAGGAUCACUACAUUUGUGGCUCAAGUCGAUAAACUCAGUGAAGAAGUUGAAGAUUCUCCGAGGAAAAUCAUUGAAGAUCUUAAGAAUCACCUUGACAACGCUGCUUCUCUUCUUAAAGCUUAUGCGGAGCUCAGACGCAGAAAUUUAAUCAAGAAGUAUAGGUGCAGGAGAAGCAUCAAAGAGUUGGAAGCUUCAUUGAGAUGCAUGAUAAAUGUGGAUGUUCAAGUCAACCAUUGGGAUAUCAAAAAGCUGAUGGCCACGAUGUCUGAAACGAACACUAAACUCCAACCAACGGAUUGUUUCAAGAGCAAACAUUGCAUAUCACAAAGUAGUAAUCAACAUAUAUUCAAAGCAAGAGACCCAUCUUCAGAGGAACGAGCUGAAUGUCUGAGUGAUGAACCUAAACCGAAAAUUGAUAUCCACAUACGAUGGAGUUCAAGAAAACGGAACAAAGAUCGUGAUAUAAGGUUCACUAUCAAGUGAUGAUUCUUGAACAAAGAUCGUGAUAUACGGUAAAUAAAAUAAUAUGAUAACAUCUGGUUCUAUGAAAUAGGAUUAGUUCAAAUGUGUAGAUUCUAAAUGGGAUCUUGUACUCAAACUAUUUGUAGAAUUCCUUUUUUCUUUCCAUAAAUCUGAUGUCAUAGAAUGUGUAUAAA